AUGGGUGGUGGUUGGCAGCGUGACGCGCCCGCGCUGCUGUCCACGGCGCUGCUGCUGGGAGGCGCGGGCUGCACGGCUGGCUCGAGCGCGCUGCUCGACCGGCCGCCGCCGCCGCUCUUCACUAUAGACAGCAUCCUCGCUCCAAGGCCACCUCCUCCGAUACCACCGCUGCAACUCCACCACUUAGCCCACACACCCUUCCAUAGAGCACACGAACUUUUCGGCGUAAGCAGUGCGGUGUCUCAAGCUGGAAGCUACGCGGGUUUAUACGGUGGGUAUGCGGCGGCGGCGUUAGCGGGUCUUUCUGGUCCGCCGCCGAAGCGCAAGAGGCGACAUCGCACCAUCUUCACUGAAGAACAACUGGAACAGCUUGAAAGCACCUUCGAUAAGACCCAUUAUCCUGAUGUAGUCCUUAGAGAACAGCUCGCCUUACGAGUCGAUCUCAAGGAAGAGAGAGUUGAGGUGUGGUUCAAGAACCGUAGAGCAAAAUGGCGUAAACAGAAGCGCGAAGAGCAGGAGAGACUGCGGAAAUUGCAGGAGGAAAGGGUUUGUGGCAGGGCGCUGGUGACCACGAGACCACGGCUGUCACCACCACGACCACCACAAGCACCACAAACACCACGGCCAUAUACAGAUGACUCAGAUGACUCGGACCUGGAGGUAGCUUAG